AUGGGAGCGAGGUACCGUCCCAAACUCUUCUCUUCCCCUGCUUUCGUCGCUGGAAAAGUUCCUUGCCAACAUAUAAUAUACAGAAUCCCGGAUUGUGGCAUAAACUUCUGUAAAAACGGCUGGUGUGAGGAGACUUUGGUAGGCUACAACUGUCGCUGCUCAAGUGGGUUUCGAGGGAGACACUGCGAUGAACAGAUCACAGAGUCAACGACGGAAGCGACGACCAAGCCUACGACGAGCCCUACGACUACGAUGUCUAAACGCUCAGACGCAACGACUUUUCAAAACACCAUUUUCUCUAAUUCAAGAGAAUCAUCGACUACGGAGGCGACGAUCAAACCCACGACGUACCCUACGACCACGAUGUCAGACACGACGACAUCGCAAGAAACCAUCAUCUCCGCAUGCUCAUCUCCUCCGGUGGAAUAUGAAUACGGCGGGUCGUCCUACAAUUUCAGCACUUGCAAGAUGAAUCAAGCUUCCGCGGUUUCUGCUUGUUUCCAAUACGGAUCUCAUCUGGUCUUCAUCGAGUCCCAAGAGGAACAGGACUUCAUCGUAGAGGGUGCAACUAAGGACUACUGGAUCGGGCUGACCGGCUCAAGUCCCGAUGACGCAAUGUGGCUAGACGGAUCAAGUCUUACAUAUAGUAAUUUUAACGUUCAUUCGUUUGCUAAAUGGAAUCCAAACUGUUUCCGAAUUAAUUCUAAUGAUCAAUUUAUUUGGCGUGAUAGGAAUUGCUCCAAACAAUUUACAUACAUAUGCGAACGAGAAAUGGGGAUAUAGAUAUUGGAUUUGUUCCUUGCAAUUUGUCAUACCA